AUGAAGCCCUUCCUUUCUUCUUGGGUCUUCGGGCUUUUCUUAUUCGAUGCUCUCAUUCUUUUCUUUCCCAUUUCUUGUUCUUCUUCGUCUUCCUUUUUGCCUCCAUUAACCGCCUGCUUCAUUGAUGAGCUACAAAACCACACUGCAAUUUCCGAUUUUCGGUUACUGAACAGAAGAAUUUUGAAGGAGUGUCCCAAUCCAAACCCUUAUCUUGAAAUCACUGUCAGCAAGAAUUCAAGCCUCGCCGAUGAAGAAUACCUCACCGUCACUGUGAGCGGAGUUUUAAUUCCUGAAGAGACUGACUGGGUGGCCAUGGUUUCUCCUUCUGAUUCCGAUCUAUCGGGUUGUCCAUUGUCCAAAUUUUACUAUAUACAAACUGGUGAUUUUAGUAGCCUGCCUCUUCUCUGCCAUUAUCCUGUCAAGGCACAGUUUGUGAGCAAUGAUCCUGGCUACCUCGAUUGCAUGAAAAAGGAAUGCCAGGCAUAUGACGAUGAUGGAACAUGCUUAAUGAACACUUGCAGCGCCUCGUUAACAUUUCAUGUUGUCAACAUCAGAACAGACAUCGAGUUCGUGUUCUUUGCUGGUGCAUUCGACCGCCCUUGCAUUUUGACUAGAUCAAUACCUGUGAGCUUUGCUAAUCCUAAGAUGCCAUUAUAUGGACACCUCUCAAGCAUAGAUUCGACCGGAACAUCAAUGAGAUUAACAUGGGUCAGUGGAGAUAAGGAGCCUCAACUAGUUCAAUAUGAAGGCAAAUCAGAACAAUCAGAAGUUACAACAUUUACACAAGAGGAUAUGUGUGGUUCUGCAAAAAUUACUCCAGCCAAGGAUUUUGGGUGGCAUGACCCAGGUUACAUUCAUUCAGCAAUGAUGACAGGACUUCAGCCUUCAAGAAACUUCUCCUACAGAUAUGGAAGUGACUCAGUUGGUUGGAGUAAGCUUACUCAAUUCCGUACUCCACCUGCUGGGGGAUCAGAUGAACUCAGGUUCAUUGCAUUUGGCGACAUGGGAAAGUCUCCUCGUGAUAAUUCUACUGAACACUUCAUUCAGCCAGGAUCUAUCUCAGUAAUUGAGGCGAUAGCCAAGGAAGUCAGUUCUGGCAAUGUAGAUUCCAUCUUCCACAUUGGAGAUAUUAGUUAUGCCACAGGAUUCUUAGUAGAAUGGGAUUUCUUCCUUAACCUUAUCAACCCGGUUGCUUCCCAAGUUUCUUACAUGACUGCAAUUGGAAACCAUGAGAUGGACUACCCGGGUUCAGUAUCGAUUCACAACACCCCCGAUUCGGGUGGGGAAUGUGGAGUUCCUUACUGGACUUACUUUCCAAUGCCUACAAUGGAAAAAGAAAAGCCAUGGUAUUCCCUUGAACAAGGAAGUGUUCACUUCACAAUAAUUUCAACCGAACAUGACUGUUCUGAAGAUUCGGAGCAGUAUGAAUGGCUGAAAGAAGACAUGGCUUCAGUUAAUAGAUCGAGAACCCCUUGGCUAAUUGUUAUGGGGCACAGACAUAUGUAUACUUCCUUAAAGUCAGGCCUCUCGAGACCAGACUUCAUGUUUGUAUCAGCUGUGGAGCCAUUACUGCUGGCCAACAAGGUUGAUCUGGUUCUUGUUGGCCAUGUCCACAACUACGAGAGAACUUGUGCUAUUUAUAACAAUGAAUGCCUAGCGAUGCCUCGAAAAGAUUGGAAUGGGACUGCUGUCUAUGACAACAGCAACUAUACUGCCCCAGUUCAAGCAGUUAUUGGAAUGGCUGGCUUCUCCUUGGACAAGUUUCCAGCGAAUGUUGAGAAUAAUUGGAGUCUGUCAAGGAUUUCUGAAUAUGGAUAUGUAAGAGGGCAUGCAACAAGGGAAGAGUUAAGAAUGGAGUUUGUAGAAUCCAAAACUGGAACAAUUGGGGAUAGCUUCCGCAUCAUUAAAAGUCCUGCAAAGUUCUUAGGAGAAGAAAUAGAUCCAUUCUCUUGAAAGAGAUAUCAUAUGAAUGUUCCAAAUAAGAAGACAAUGUGAAGACACAACUUUGGUAUGAUUAAAUCUGUGAACAAACUC